GUUGCCUGUUUCACGGCGGUGUAAAUAAACAAUGCAGUUUGUUUGGCCGAAGAAGGUCUGACUGAAACAUUCUGCUGUCAUCGAGGCGCAGGACUGAAAUCUGCUUCAAGCCGAAUAGAGAUUUCAUUACUUUUGGAGUGGAGUGAGUCGGUUCCUCCAAGCCAUGCACUGCAGCUGUGUAUGGAGUUCCAGGGCUCUGUCCCCUGCCCUGCUCCCUAGGCUGCUGUCCCAUGCAGGAUGCUGGGCUCCGGGGACCAGGCCUAGGGGUAUCUGGAGCUCCCCUCGGAGACUGGCCUCGGCUGUAGAGACCACGCAGCCCAUCCCCCUGCCCAGCCAAGCCCGGGUGGUGAUCUGUGGAGGGGGCAUCGUAGGGACGUCUGUGGCCUAUCACCUGGCCAAGCUGGGCUGGACUGAGAUAGUACUAUUGGAGCAGGGAAGGUUAGGUGCUGGCACCACCAGGCUGUGUGCUGGGAUCGUCAGCGUGGCCAAGCCCAUCUCUAUUGAGUGUAAAAUGGCUGACUACUCCAACUCCCUGUAUGAACACCUGGAGGAGGAGACUGGGGUCAAGACAGGUUACGUGAAAACAGGCUCUCUAUGUCUGGCCCAGAAUCAGGACCGUUUCCUCUCCCUGAAGCGCCUGGCAUCCAGGCUGAAUGUGAUGGGGAUCCCCUGUAAUGUGAUCAAACCCAAAGAGGUGUCCAAGCUCCACCCCCUGGUGAAUAUUCAUGACCUGGUGGGGGCGCUCCACCUGCCGGGGGAUGCCGUGGUGUCACCGCCUGACGUCAACCACGCCCUCGCCACGGCAGCAGCCGGACACGGAGUCCAGAUCCAUGAGCGCACCACAGUUAACCAUGUGAUGAUGGAGAAGGGACAUGUGACAGCGGUGGAGACGGACAGAGGAGCCAUCGAGUGUGAAUACUUUGUCAACUGUGCAGGACAGUGGGCGUAUGAGCUGGGCCAGGCCAGUGAGACCAAGGUGUCUGUUCCUCUCCAUGGAUGUGAACACUUCUACCUGCUCUCCAAACCUCUACCAGAGCCUCUACAGCCCAGCACCCCAGUGGUGAUGGAUAUGGACGGGAGGAUCUAUGUGAGAGCGUGGCAGGGAGGGGUCCUGUCUGGUGGAUUUGAGAAGAACCCUAAACCCAUCUUCACCGAGGGACGUAACCAGCUGGAGAUCCAGACCAUGCAGGAGGACUGGGACCACUUCGAACCCAUGCUGUCAGCCCUGUUGAGGAGGAUGCCAGAACUAGAGGUGUGUGAGAUCCAGCAGCUGGUCAACUGUCCUGAGUCGUUCACCCCAGACAUGCGCUGUCUGAUGGGGGAGACACCGGGGGUGCACGGCUACUUCGUCCUGGCUGGAAUGAACGCCUCUGGCCUGGCCUUCGCUGGCGGAGCAGGAAAGUACCUGGCAGAGUGGAUGACGUAUGGUUACCCCACGGCUAACGUCUGGCCGCUGGACAUCAAACGCUUCGGCAACCUUCAGAGCAGCCGAACCUUCCUCCGACACAGGGUCAUGGAGGUCAUGCCCCUGCUGUAUAACCUAAAGGUUCCUCGUUGGGACUUCCAGACGGGCCGGCAGCUGAGGACUUCUCCCCUGUACGACCGUCUGGACACACAGGGAGCCAGAUGGAUGGAGAAACACGGCUUUGAGAGGGCCAAGUACUUCAUCCCUGCAGGGAAGGACCUGCUGUCCCUGGAUGCCAGUAAGACGUUCUAUAAGCCUGACUGGUUUGACAUCGUGGGGGCGGAGGUGAAAUGCUGCAAGGAGGCCGUCUGUGUCAUCGACAUGUCCUCCUUCACCAAGUUUGAGCUCACUUCUACAGAUGACCAGGCGUUGGCAUUGCUGCAGCACCUGUGUGCCAAUGACCUCGAUGUGCCAGUGGGUCACAUCGUUCAUACGGGCAUGCUGAACGAGAGGGGCGGAUAUGAGAACGACUGCAGCGUGGUCAGAGUCAAGAAGAACAGCUUCUUCAUCAUCUCUCCUACAGAUCAGCAGGUCCACUGCUGGUCGUGGUUGAAGAAGCACAUGCCCGACGACCCACAGCUCCACCUAGAGGACGUCAGCUGGAAGUACACCGCGCUGAAUCUUAUUGGUCCGCGGGCGAUGGACGUCCUAGGAGAACUAUCGUAUGUCUCCAUGACUCCCGAACACUUCCCGUCCCUCUUCUGUAAGGAAAUGAGUGUGGGCUACGCCAAUGGGAUCCGAGUAAUGAGUAUGACCCAUACAGGAGAGCCGGGCUUCAUGCUUUACAUACCUAUAGAGUAUGCGCUCCAUGUCUACAACGAGGUGAUGUCAGUGGGCCAGAAGUAUGGGAUCCGUAACGCUGGGUACUACGCCCUGCGUUCUCUCCGAAUAGAGAAGUUCUUUGCCUUCUGGGGUCAGGACCUGGAUCCUUUCACCACUCCCCUGGAGUGUGGACGGGAGUUCAGGGUCAAGUUUGACACGGACAUAGACUUCCUGGGUCGAGCGUCUCUGCUGCAUCAGCGUCAGGAGGGGGUGAGCCGUCGCUUCAUCAUGUUGGUCCUGGAGGAUCAUGACACAGAGCUGGACCUGUGGCCCUGGUGGGGAGAACCCAUCUACAGGAAUGGGGAGCUGUGUGGUACCACCACCUCCUCUGCCUACUCCUACACCCUGGAGAGACACGUGUGUCUGGGCUUUGUCUCGCCGCCCUCCCUGGACGGCUCCCCUGCCGCGGUGACCCCAGACUUCAUCAACAGGGGAGAUUACGAGGUGGAUAUAGCAGGACAGAGAUACCCAGCCAAGGCGAAGCUGUACCCCUUCAGCUCUCUGUUCGCCCAGCAGAGACGACGCAAAGAUGAGAUGGAGCUCAGUAACUUUCAGGGCAAAUGAGGAAGAGGAAGGAAUGUAGGAUCUAAGAAGAGGGGUCUGAGUGAAGGGUGAACUCUCCAGAGAUGACC